GUUCCGAUUAUGCACUGGCUCGUCAAUCAACGUUACGUCACUGGCAGCUUUCCCCGAACGCAAGAUACAUUUGUUGGCCUAAAGGCGCUCACGAAACUGACUGAAGCAAUAGCGCCAUUGCGUAACGACUAUAAAGUUCAAUUGCAGUAUCAAAACAAAGUAGAGACAUUUAUUGUGGAGACACAAGACUUGAACGCAAAAUCUUACGGAAAUAUUCCAAGUGAUGUUGAACAAUUCACGGUUCACGUAACAGGAUCAGGCUUUGGCUUAUUAGACGUGACGUAUGAAUACACCAAAGAUCUACGCAACUAUAAGAACCGUUUCGAUUUGGCGUUGACACAACUUCGAACGAACUCCGACUCUGAGCUGCAAUUGAGAGUUUGCGCGAAUUAUAUUGCAGUCCAAAAUGAUAAGCGAUCCAAUAUGGCGUUGGUAGAGGUCAACUUUCCGAGUGGAUACGUUGUAGACAACGAUCCGAUCAGUGGAGCUACUGGAGACAGUCCAAUAAAGAAAACUGAGAUACGUUUCGGUGGAGCAUCGGUGGUACUAUACUACAACAGCUUAGGAGCAAACAAGAAUUGUUUCCUGAUCACGGCUUACCGACGAUUCAAGGUAUCCCUAAGGCGACCGGCAUAUGUGUUGGUUCACGACUAUUACAAUCCAAAGCUGAACGCCAUACAAGUUUACGAAUUGGAGCACCAGAGAGAAUAAUACAGUUGUGCAUGGAGCAAAUAAAU